AUGCAGUGCUCGUACCACUGGCGGUCACGGCUGCUGGGGCGCUUCGUGCCUAGGGCUGCUGUGCAGCUGCGGUUCUUGCGCAGCCAGGUCCCUGGGCGGGCGUACCGAGCUACACGCAUCCUGCCGAAGUUGCGCAAGGAAGCUGUUCCAGCUGAAAAUCUACUGCAGCAGCUUCGAAAUUGGACACGCCGGAACUCAAAGGCCAUUGGCUUUGGUGGCUACGUGCUGCUGACCGUCCAGUGGUGCAUGGAUGAUGUAUUAUUGCUGCGCUGCUUCGGAGUAGCAUGCGCUUCAUCCAUGGCGGUGUUUUUGUUCUGCCAGCCGAAGCCCUUGAUGGUUCCGGUCCGUUUUAACCUGCUGUUCAUUGCGAUCAAUGCCUAUCACAUAGGCAAAAUCUUCCUGCACCGACGCGACCUGAAGUUAGACGAGGUCGAACAGAUGUUCUGGGAUGUUGGCUUCAGUGAGUUCCUGACCAAGGUCGAGCUGCGCGAAUUCCUUGCAAGGGGACGGCGAUACAGUGCCGAGGAGGGUAUGGUCUUGGCCACAGCCGGCGCGCCUGUUGUACAGAAGAUCAUCGCCCUUGCCAAGGGAGGAAUCGUUCAAAAGCAAGGGGGCAAAGCAAUUGCAAUCUUGGAGCCCGGCGACUUCUGGGGGGAGUUCCAGCUCGUGGAGCGAGCGCGCAAUACCGCAAAAAAACAUCAGGCGACAGCCGAAUUUUCACAGAAUUCGAUCGCGGUUGAAUGGGAUACCGCUGAUCUCAACGAAUACCUUUCCUCCAAGCCGGACUUGAGGCAUAAGCUGCAGGAGCUCUUCGCGGAGGGGCUGAACUUAAAGUUGUACAGGCGCGGCAUUUGCAAGACAUUGACAGAGAGAGACUUAUCAAGAAAUGGCAGACGAAAGGCGAGGACUCUGCAGCUGCAGACACUCUUCGAGAUCUCUAAGCACGGCAUGCUGAUCUUAAAUGCCACUAGCUGUGCCACCACCACCGCCACCACCCCUAAACUUAAAGUUUUCAUGCGAACAAGGCCCGCCUCGACGGGGCCUCGCACGUCGACUGGGUAA